GUUCACCACACUGCCGUGUUCGUAGAAAAUCGGGCUAGGGUUUGCGGUUCGGUCGGUCUCCGAGGUGCGUCCCUGCAUCUGUAAAGCGAACGAAUUUGGAGCUGAGGUUUCGUCGUCCACGACGCUCAGAGGUGUGUGUUAGAUUACUGUAAGAUGGCUGAUUCAGAACCAGUCCUCUCACGUAUUGAAUCCACAAGUUCAAUGAUCGAGCAGCUCCGCAAGGCAUUUGGUGAUCUGGAGACUCACAGAGGUGCUUCCUUAAACUGCAAACUGCAGUGGGAGGAGCUACAGGAACACUUCUAUAGCAUUGAAAGUUCAUUAAAGAAGAGAUUUGAUGAACUAGAGAAGAAGGAGAUGGAAUUUGAAGCCAAGGCAACUGAAACCCGUGAAUCUCUCAAGCAGAGAGAAGCAGCCGUUGCUGCCAAGGAAGAGGCUUCAUUAGAUCGCUUGCAGGUGCUGAAGGACUCGGCUGUUGCUGAGAUUGGGGAGGCAUGCAGCAAGUACAAAAAGGCAUCAUCCCCAAAACCUGCAGAUACUUCUGCCAAUUCCGAAUGCAAGGUAAAUAGCUAUUCCAAUGGCGAACUCAAUGCACCAUUAUCUGGUACAGAGGAGAAUUUGCCUGAUAGCCCAAGCGGGUCUGCACCUGCUGAAACUGCUGAAGUUAAGCCCCGUCCUCAGUUGAAGCAAUUAUGCGAAGAGAUGGAUGCAAUAGGGCUUUUGAAUUUCAUUUCGGAGAACCGGAAAGUUCUUGCUGCAAUACGUGAGGAGGUUCCAGUUGCCCUGAAAAGUGCAACCAAUCCAGCACAGUUGGUGCUGGAUUCACUGGAGGGGUUUUACCCUCCAGGUCAAACAACCCCUCCGGGGGAUAAGAGGGAUGGUGCCCUUUUGGGUUUGAGAAGGUCUUGUGUUCUGUUGUUGGAGUCACUGGCUCCCCUUUCAAUAGGAACUACACCAGAUGCAGAUCACCCUGUGAUCACCCCUGGAAUUAAACAGCAAGCGAAGGCAAUUGCUGAUGAAUGGAAGCCCAAAUUGGCUGAUGUGGAUGCUGAUGCUGCCAAUGGCAAUUCAUUGGAAGUGCAGGCAUUCCUGCAGCUACUCGCUACUUUUAAUAUUUCUUCAGAUUUUGAUGAAGAUGAACUAUGCAAGCUUGUACUUGCAGUUUCCCGUCGCAAGCAAACACCUGAGCUCUGCCAUGCUCUUGGACUUGUACACAAAAUGCCAGGUGUCAUUGAAUCACUUGUAAAUAGUGGGAGGCAGAUUGAUGCUGUCAACUUUAUAUACUCCUUCCAGCUUACAGAGAGCUUCCCACCUGUACCUCUUCUAAAGACAUAUUUGAAGGAUGUGAGGAGAAAUUCACAAGGGAAGGGUGGAAAUGCUGGUCCAGGUGCUGCUCAGAAUGACGGCAAUGCAAAAGAGUUGGCUGCUUUGAGAGCCAUAAUGAAGUGUAUUGAAGAACACAAACUGGAGGCAGAGUACCCACUUGACCCCCUUCAGAAACGGGUGGCACAGUUGGACAAAGCAAAAGCCGAUAAGAAAAGGAUGGGUGAAGCAGCAAAGCCCCAACCGAAGCGGUCUCGGGCCAACACUGGUGGCCAUGGACAUUGGAUGGGCGUGGCUGGUCCUAAUAGAGCGGCCGAUGUAGCUGACAGAGGUGCAUACAAUAAUAGUGGGCCAGAUAAUAGGUACAUGUAUCCAUCGGCAACUGGGUACAACUACCAGGUACAAGCUGGUUACAAUGCCAUAAGCCAAGCUCGUUACGAUCAGCAAACAAGCCAUGCAAGGCCUUAUCUUUAUCAAGAAAGUGUGGUGGCAGCUCCUGCUGCGCCUUACAGUGCCACCACAACCGGUUAUGGUGGAGUUUAUAUGGGCAAUGGACUGCAGUCUUCUCACCUUCCUCCUACAUAUCUUUAAGGAACGAGGAUACUUACAUGAACAAGAUACCAUAGUAACGAUAGAACUUAUCGCGUGAAAGCUGGCUGCUGCUGUAUAGCCUCGAUCUUGGUAAAGCUGGUUCUGAUUUUUCCUGUCAUUGCGUUGGCAUCUGACUCUACCUAAAGUUGAUGGUGAUCCUAACGUUAUUGGUUUCAGUGGAGUUAAUGAGCUUUGUUUUUCCUGUGAUAAAUGGUUUAAUCUUCUCUAC